AUGUUUGUGCAACAACUAGAAUCCUCCAUCACUUGUGUAUUGAUCUAUGUUGAUGAUAUCAUUGUGAUUGGGAGUUGUAUAGAAGUCAUCACUACAGUUACUCAGAAGCUCAACUCAGCCUUUGUAUUGAAGGACAAGAGAGAGCUUCACUAUUUCUUGGGAAUCCAAGUGAACAAGACUAAUGAUAGGGGAUUAAUGAUGUCUCAAGACAAGUAUGUGCAAGACUUGCUUGCAAAAGUGAGUAUGAGUAACUGUAAAUCAUGUGCUACACCAUUGUCAUCUACUCUGAGAAUUUAUGCUACAGGAGGAGCUAUGUUUGACAAUCCUCAUCUAUAUCAUUUUGUGGUAGGAAGUCUGCAAUAUUUGACUAUGACAAAGCCUGACUUGGCAUACAGUGUAAAUAAUCUUGCUCAAUUCAUACAAAAGCUGUAG